GCACUAAGGUAAAGGAAGCUAUUUAGUAAAAAAAUUUGUACCUUUACAACCCCUUUAAAGUCAAGUGAAAUGGAUAGGUUAGAGGUCAAUGAGAUGCCUGUGUAUACUUAUCACUUGUUCUUGGUCGAUGUUCCUAUUGCUGGUAAAGGUUAGUAUCGGGUGUAACAAUAAAAACUUGCUAGGGUAAUCAUUCAUACAUUCACAAUCUGAUCACACAGGACUCUCAGCCAUUGGUGCUAGCAGGUGGCAACAAUGACCUCCUUCUACGGGUAUGUAUGGCUGUAUUUUGUAAUGCAAUGUGAUUUGGAAGAUAUAAAAGUUGUUCAAACUUGUCAGAAAGUCUUCAGUAUGAAAAUCUUACAGGAAUAGUCACAAGAACUGGCAUUGAAUAUGCCUUUAGAUUUCCGCAUACAAGAAAUAGCUUUGGAUACUCUUUGCAUAUUCCAAAAUCAUUUUUUUCUUCCAUUCCCCAGUUCUCUCCAUUCUUUAUCAGAUCAUUGUACUGCCAAGCAAUCCUGCACUUUAUCUAAUCUGCUAGGUAACACUGUUUGCACAACGCCUUGUGCUAGGGCGAAGUUGUUUUGUACCUAUUUCACUCUGCAAUGGGCGCCUAUUAUUCUGCCUUGAAAGGGCAUUAUGUAUAAGAAAUCCCAAACUGUGAAAUAUCAUGCCCGUGAAGUGAUUUUUCCUUUUUUUCUACUCCAAUUCCAAGACCAAAACCUUAUGUCCCUGAUAAUGUUUAAUGUGCUUUUGAAGUGUACUGCUAAUAAGAGAUGUUAAGCCUGCCCCCUCCCUAUCAGCUCCACCCAUGCAGGCUAAUUACAGGUGCCCUGAGCAAAUACCUUCCAAGGAAUGUAAAUGGUCCUUUGCUGCUGACCAAUAAACAUAUGCAUGAGCUACAGACCUUGUGACUGCCAGUGACUCCUCCACCAAAGGUGCAUUGUACUACUGACCUGUCAGCAAGGCUUGAGACUGAGGUAUGGGAAUGCUUGUACAUUAGAAGGUUUCAGCAAGUAUUGCAUGACUUUGGCAUAAUGACAGCAGAGGAUUCUAUUGCUAUGAUGAGUAACGAUUCUUCUAACAUGUCAACCUCAAAGAUCACAGAAGGAGUUGUCGGUUCACCAAAUGAAGCUGCUCUCAUUUCACUUAUGGAACGUACAGGGUACGUGAUGGUUCAGGAAAAUGGACAAAGAAAAUACGGAGGUCCACCACCAGGGUGGGAAGGGCUUCACCCCCCACGUGGUUGUGAGGUUUUCGUUGGCAAAAUACCCCGUGACGUCUAUGAGGAUGAGCUUGUUCCAGUCUUUGAAAGUGUAGGUCGUAUCUAUGAAAUGCGCCUGAUGAUGGACUUUGAUGGAAAGAAUCGUGGAUAUGCUUUUGUCAUGUUCACACUGAAACAUGAAGCUAAGAGGGCAGUCCGAGAACUUAAUAAUUAUGAAAUCAGGCCCGGAAGACUCUUAGGUGUUUGUUGCAGUGUAGAUAACUGUCGACUUUUUAUUGGGGGGAUUCCAAAGAUGAAGAAAAGAGAAGAGAUUCUAGAAGAAAUCUCUAAAGUAACUGAAGGAGUUUUAGAUGUUAUUGUCUAUGCUAGUGCUGCUGAUAAGAUGAAAAAUAGAGGCUUUGCCUUUGUAGAAUAUGAAAGCCACCGAGCGGCUGCCAUGGCCAGAAGGAAAUUGAUGCCUGGAAGAAUCCAGCUAUGGGGUCAUCAGAUUGCUGUUGACUGGGCAGAACCAGAAAUUGAUGUUGAUGAAGAUGUGAUGGAAACUGUCAAAAUCCUUUAUGUGCGGAACCUUAUGAUUGAAACACCUGAGGAUACAAUUAAAAAGGUGUUUGGCCAGUAUAAUCCUGGAUGUGUGGAACGGGUUAAGAAAAUACGGGAUUAUGCCUUUGUGCAUUUUACCAGUCGAGAUGAUGCAGUGCAGGCCAUGAGGAACCUUAAUGGGACUGAACUGGAAGGCUCUUGCAUAGAAGUCACAUUGGCUAAACCAGUAGAUAAGGAACAGUACACACGAUACCAAAAAGCUGCUAAAGGAACAACCCCCACGCCUACCGUCACAGAAGUCACUCAGCCCAAUUAUGUUUACUCAUGUGAUCCAUACACAUUAGCCUAUUAUGGAUACCCAUACAAUGCCUUGAUUGGUCCAAACAGAGAUUACUUUGUGAAAGCAGGCAGCAUAAGAGGCAGAGGGCGAGGCGCAGCAGGCAACAGAGCCGCCCCUGGUCCCAGGGGCACGUACCUGGGGGGAUAUUCGGCUGGCCGCGGCAUUUAUAGCAGAUAUCAUGAAGGGAAGGGUAAACUGCAAGAAAAAGGCUUUGAACUUGUACCCAACCUGGAAUUACCAGCAGUCAAUCCAGUUGCUCUUAAGCCCGGUACAGUUGGCAUUCCCACAAUGGGUAGUAGUCCAUACUCCAUGUUCCAGGCCUCAGCUGCCAAGCUGAUUGAAGAGGGGAAAAUUCAUGGCAUGGAACACAUGCUUAAUCCUAUGACUGUGCAGGGUGAUCCAGUGAGUGCUGCCACUGCAGCAGCUGUUAUGCCUUCAGUGUCAACACCUCCACCAUUUCAAGGUCGCCCAAUAACUCCAGUCUAUACCAUGGCUCAUAAUAUGCAAAGGAUUCCUGCUGCAGGGAUUUAUGGCACAAGCUACUUGCCCAUUGCUGCUCCUACCACAGCCACAUUAGCCGCACUACAAAAGAACGCAGCCGCUGCAGCAGCAAUGUAUGGAGGAUAUGCUGGCUAUAUACCUCAAGCCUUUCCUACUGCAGCUUUCCAGGUCCCGUUGCAUGACUUCUACCAGACUUAUUAAGACUGCAAUCUCUAGAGGAGUUGGAAGGGCUACUGAAGGAACUUUAUAUUUAUGAAGAAAGAACCUAAAGAUAUAUUCUUAGAAGAAUAUUUUAUAUAUGUGAAUUUUUUUUUUUUCAAAAAAGCAGUUUUUAAGAUGGAUGCAUAGGUUUGUUUAUACAUUUCUGCAUUUUUAUGCUUUAACCAUGUAGAUUUAUAUUAUAUGGUUUGGUUGCUUAGGUUUUUAACAAUAUUUACAUAGGCAACAUUACUGGUAUGAAGGUGUGUUUUUUUAUUUUAUUUGUUUUUUUAUAUAUAUAUAUAUAUUUAGAACAUUCUGCACUAGAGAUUUAUCUAUAUAUAUGUUAUGUAGUAGAGUUGAUAAUAAUGUAACUGAAAUGUAUAAGUGUGUAAAAGUACAAGAGCAGCUAUAGCAUAAAGAGUAAAUAUUCCAUAUUUAAAAGAAAUAUAUAUAGAGAGAUUUUAGAAAGGUACUUUAUUUAUAUAGCUGUACUGGAAAAUCUUGGGGAUAACUAGAAAUAUAAAGUUUCUGCCGUGACCUAUAAAUCAUACAGUAUAUUGUUCACUAUAUCAACUGAGCAAGGUGAAGGCUAAUGGCCCUCUGUGGAAUAUUAGCAGAAUAAUUCACAGAGGUUAAGAAGGUUGGUUCUCUGUCAAUACCUGGCUGUAUUACAUUGAACUUCGACAACUUUAAACAAAAGUAUUCUAUGCUGUCAGUGAAAGUAGUCUUAGUAUUGUGUGGUUUGUUAAAUAGGAGUGUCCAAGCAGCAGUUUGAUAUUGUGGGAUAUCAAUUAUCCAUUUUUGGGGGACAAAAACAAAAUGGUAUAUAAAACAACUUGAUUGUAAUGUCCUAUUUGAUUUAUUGACACAUGAGUAGAACAUUUCUGGGCUAAAAUGUAAUGCAGUAGGUCUAUACCUGUGGUAAGUCCCAGACCUCAGUAGAUACUUCUUACUGACAUAUCUUGGAGGGCAGGGCGAAUUCCUAUUGGCUGAGAUGAAAUGUUAGGCUGAUGAAAUGUUCCUUCCCCUGAGGUAAGGCACAACACCAUUUAAACCUUUGGUAUAGACGUAUCCAUGUUUGUAUGUGUUAGAGAGUGUUCUGGUGGUUGGAUAAUUUUGUUAGAUCCAAAUCAUCUAAUUACUCUGGCCAUCUAUAGCUAGAUUCUGGCUUAACACAAUUCGAAUUAUGCAGAACAUGUGAACAAACCACUGUGUGUAUUAUGAUACAUACAAUAUCACUGUGAUAUAUCUAUGUAUUCUAAUGAUAGAGUAUGUUAUAUAUAUAUUACAGCACACUUCUUUAAGUACAAUCAUAACAUCUAUAUAUUAGAGCCACCUAUUUUUAUAAUGGGCAUUAUUGACAUUUAUCAAAUGCAUUCCUUGUAGAAGGUCUAGUUAACACUUGGCAGUUGGAGGAUAGGUGGCGGUAAAAACAGGUGGUUAAGCUGGAUUUGUAUCAGCCCUAAGGCCAUACAGUGAUAUACACAUUCCGGCUUUUAGGGGUUGACACUCAAUGAGAAGGCGUAAUAACGCAUCCUCGCCACCUAUUAAAUGUCCUCCAAAAAGCAAUUUACUGUAGAUUGCUCUUCAGAGAGUUAACACAAGUGUAAACAAACCCUAAGGUCUAAGCUAGGCCCUAGACCUCAUAGAGGAACCUUAAUGCAUUUACUGUAUACCACAUUUUCAAACCUGGUUUGGUAGAAUAUUAACUGUAUAUCAACUUAGGCUGAAGUACUGGAGAUUACUAAUUCCUGCGUGAUACGCAGAUGAAUUUAUCCAACAGAUGGGGCCAAUACAAGGUCAUCAACUGUUAAUAUGAUGCUUUAUAGGAAUUAUAUUUAUUACCUAUGUAUUUUGUUUUGUAAAAACACUGAAACAAAUGAGGGAGACAGCAGAAACUGACUCACAAGUAGACACACUGGGUAGAUGUAUAAAAGUGUUCUGUUAGGGAAAAUUUAUUAAAAGCAAAAAAAAGCUUCUGUAUUGUUAAUAGCAGGUGGUCAGAUUCCAGGUGUCGCUUCUAUCCUGAGAAGUUGGAAUCUGAUUGGGUAUUAUGAGCAACAGAAGCAUUUGUUAGUGCCAACAUUUUUUUUUUAUAAACCUAUUAAUCACUUAAAAUCCUCCUUACUUAAAACUGAAAAAA